AUGUCUCAAGAUUACCUCACUCCAUCAACUUUACCACACCCGCCCUUAAAGAGAACCAAUACUGGGUUCACCCCCAACCAAAUUAUUGCCUUGGAUGCCGAAAUUCCCGCCUCGGCAAAAGAAGCAUGGUUCAAAUACUCCCAAUUGGACAUCUUGGACUCAAACUACCGAGGCCCCCGCAACAAAUCGGACAAUGUCCAUACAAUUGUUGACAAUCCCGACAAGUUUGAAAAGGAGUUUGUAAACCAUGUUGAAAUGUCGUUGGGUAGGUCCAUGUACAACUGUGACGAAUUGGCUGCGUAUCAAGCUGCUGCAAAUACGGUUAGAGAUGCGUUGGUGAUUGAUUGGUCCAAUACGCAACAGAGACAAACCAUUCAAGAUGGGAAAAGAGUUUAUUAUUUGUCGUUGGAGUUUUUGAUGGGAAGAGCCAUGGAUAACGCUUUGAUAAAUUUGAAAUGUGAGCAGAAUACUAGGGAAUCGUUGAAGGAUUUAGGCUUCAGCUUGGAGGAUGUGUUGGAGCAAGAGCCAGAUGCUGGUUUGGGUAAUGGUGGGUUGGGUAGAUUGGCCGCGUGUUUUGUUGAUUCCUUGUCUUCGAAAAACUACUCUGGUUGGGGAUAUGGUCUCAACUACCAGUACGGUAUCUUUAAACAAAAGAUUAUCGAUAGCUAUCAAGUGGAAACUCCAGAUUAUUGGUUGAGAUACACCAAUCCUUGGGUUUUGGAUAGACAUGAAAUCCGAAUCCCCGUUGACUUUUACGGGUAUGUUUAUCAAGAGCAAGACCCCAACACCGGCAAAGUGAAGAAGAGCUGGAGUGGUGGUGAAAGAAUCUUGGCCGUUCCUGCAGAUUUCCCAGUUCCAGGAUACAACACCGACAAUACAAAUAAUUUGAGAUUGUGGAAUGCCAAGCCUACUCAUGAGUUUGAUUUCACUAAAUUCAAUGCAGGUGAUUAUCAACAAUCUGUAGCUGCUCAACAAAGAGCAGAAGCUAUUACUGCUGUGCUUUACCCUAAUGAUAACUUUGAGCAAGGGAAAGAGUUGAGAUUGAAACAACAAUACUUUUGGGUGGCUGCUUCUUUGCACGAUAUUGUUCGCCGAUUCAAAAAGAAUCACAAAACCAACUGGGAUAAGUUUCCUGAUCAAGUUGCUAUUCAAUUGAACGAUACGCACCCAACGUUGGCAAUUGUUGAAUUGCAAAGAAUUUUGGUUGAUUUGGAAGGUUUGGAUUGGGAUUAUGCAUGGUCAAUUGUAACCAAAGUCUUUGCAUAUACCAAUCAUACAGUUUUGGCUGAAGCUUUAGAAAAAUGGCCAGUUGACGUUAUUGGUCAUUUGCUUCCAAGACAUUUGGAAAUCAUUUAUGAUAUCAACUAUUUCUUCUUGAAAGACGUCGAGCAUAAAUUCCCUAAAGACCGCGACUUGUUGAGAAGUGCGUCCAUUAUUGAAGAAGGAUAUCCUAAAUCGGUGAGAAUGGCUUACUUGGCUAUUGUUGGCUCGCACAAGGUUAAUGGUGUUGCCGAGUUGCACUCAGAAUUGAUCAAGACCACCAUUUUCAAAGAUUUUGUCAAGAUUUUUGGUCCUGAUAAAUUCACAAAUGUUACCAAUGGUAUCACUCCAAGACGGUGGUUGAGACAAGCCAACCCUGAAUUGGCGGCAUUGAUUGCCAAGAAGUUGGAUGAUCCAAAUUAUGAGUACUUGACCAAUUUGGGUAGAUUGAAGAAGUUGGAGAAUUUCAUUGAUGAUGAAAAGUUUUUGCGAGAAUGGGACGCCAUCAAGUUCAACAACAAACGUAGAUUGGCAGCUUUGAUUAAACAAGAAACUGAUGUUGAUGUUGACCCUACUUUACUCUUUGAUGUUCAAGUCAAGAGAAUCCAUGAGUACAAGAGACAACAAAUGAAUAUCUUUUCAGUCAUUUACAGAUAUUUGCAUAUCAAGGAAUUGAUUGCAAAAGGCGUCUCUAUUGAUGAGAUCAAGGAGAAAUACUACAUUUCCAAAGCCUCCAUCUUUGGUGGUAAAGCUGCGCCAGGUUACUACAUGGCCAAAACUAUCAUUCACUUGAUUUGUAAAGUGGGUGAGGUUGUCAACAAUGACACUGGCAUUGACAAUCUUUUAAAAGUUGUUUUCAUCCCCGAUUACAAUGUUUCAAAAGCUGAGAUUAUCUGUCCUGGAUCCGACUUGUCCAACCACAUUUCCACUGCAGGAACAGAGGCUUCAGGUACAUCCAAUAUGAAGUUCGCCUUGAAUGGUGGGUUAAUCAUUGGUACUGUUGAUGGAGCCAAUGUUGAAAUCACGCGUGAAAUUGGUGAAGAAAACAUUUUCCUUUUUGGAAACUUGGCUGAGUCAGUUGAUGAAAUAAGACAUAAACAUUUUGUUGACGGGGUUCAUAUCCCCAAGACUUUGCAAAAAGUGUUUGACGCUAUUCUCAGUGGGCAAUUUGGUAACCCGGAUGAUUUCAAACCUUUGAUUGAGAGUAUUAGAGAUCAUGGUGAUAAUUAUCUUGUUUCGGAUGAUUUCGACUUGUAUUUGGAUGCGCAAAGAAAAGUUGAAAAUGUGUUUGGUCACCAUGGUGCUGAUGCCGAGGAUGAGGACCACUUGAAGAGAUGGGUUAGGAAAUCGGUUUGGAGUGUUGCCAAUAUGGGCUUCUUCUCUAGUGAUCGAUGCAUUGAUGAAUACGCUGAGAAUAUCUGGAAUAUUGAACCAUCCAAUAUUUAA